GAUUAUUUAUAUAUAUUUUACAAACGAUUAUAGUUCUACAUAAUGGAGACAGUUCAAAAUGAAAAUAAGGAAAAUUUUGUACAUGAUAUACAAAAGCAAAGCGCCAUGGCCGUUCCUCAAAAACGACCAUUGGGCCAGAGAAAUACCAACGUGAACGUGGAUCCACAACCAGUUCAAAUGAAAGAAAAACAAUCAUUUACAGUACCCAGUUCAUUCAAUGCAUUUAAACAACAACUGGAAAGGGGCAAACAUAAAGGAACCAAAAAUAUAAAUAAAGAAAAUAAUUGCCAGAAAGGAAAUAAGAACAUAGUCAAUCCAGUUAUCCCAUGCAACCAGUUUAAAGACUUUAAAGUAUUUGAAGAUGAACGGUAUCCAGAAGAAAAACCUAAAGCUCUUGUUUCAAAAAAUCCACCGAAAGUACAAGUAUAUGAAGAUACCAAGGAAGACACAAAAGUUGAAGUAAAAGCGCCAGAAAACAUUGUAGAAAAGGAAAAUAUAAAAAAAGAUUUGGAUUCACCCAGUCUAAAGACAUCUGAUGCACAUUUAUUCAUGACUAUAGAUGAUAUUUACAAAAAAGACCAUGAAUUUCCCUCAACAAAACGUAUGAAAGAUAUUUUUUUCGAAAUGGAAGAAUACAGAUCUGAUAUUUAUCACUAUCUAAGAGAACAUGAGUUACGAAAUCGACCAAAACCUGGAUAUAUGAAGAAACAACCAGAUGUUUCAUCUAAUAUGAGGACAAUAUUGGUAGAUUGGUUAGUAGAAGUAGCUGAAGAGUACAAAUUACACACGGAAACGCUUUAUCUUGCAGUGAAUUAUAUCGAUCGAUUUCUGAGUUAUAUGUCAGUUGUAAGGGCCAAGCUGCAAUUAGUUGGAACUGCAGCAAUGUUUAUCGCUUCGAAAUACGAGGAAAUAUAUCCACCAGAGAUUAGCGAAUUUGUAUAUAUUACUGACGACACAUACACGAAAAAACAAGUACUAAGAAUGGAGCAGUUGAUUUUAAAAGUUUUAAGUUUUGAUCUCUCAAUACCUACUCCGUUAACAUUUAUCACAGCAAUGUGUGUUAGCAACAAUUUGAGCGAUAAAACUAUGUAUCUCGCCAUGUAUUUCAGUGAGUUGGCGUUACUUAACGGUGACAUCUACCUGGAGUUCCUACCAUCAAUUAUAGCCGCUGCAGCCAUAGCACUUGCCCGCCAUACGUUAUGCGAAGAAGCUUGGCCUAAAGAACUCGUUCAAUCUACAGGCUACGAGGGUUAUCAAUUGCAGUCUGGCAUCGCAUUUUUAUAUCAGAUGUUUGUUUCUGCUAUGACUUUACCCCAGCACGCUAUACAAGACAAAUACAAGACCAGGAAAUGUAUGCAUGUCUCUACUUUAAAACCUCGCGAUGUAGCGUUAGAGUUAUAAUUUAAUUAGGAAUAUUUGUAAUAUAUUUGUACUUUUAGCUUAAUUUUUAAGGAACUAUUUUUACUGAAAUGUGACGUUUCGUUUUACAGUAUUUUUAACGGCUUUUUCUUAUUUGUUCGACUGAAUUUACACUACAUUAUACAUUUCGUUUAAAAAGUUUUCUUUCACAAAGAAAAAGGCAAAGCUGAAAUGCUCAACCCAAGUGAUUCGUGGAAAGGUCUCUGUUUUAUUUCUAUAUUUUCACUUGGGUUUUGUAUAAGAAAUCUCGUAUAUGUUUAUAUUUUGUAUGUUUUUAUCCAUUGCUUCUUCUAUUAAUCCAUACGCUAUUAAAGUUAUCUCAAAACUAUUUUUAGUCGAAUAAAUCACCUAAACGUCAUGAGGAAUCUUCUUUUUUACAUGUAAGUGCCAUUCCCUACUGUUAAAGUAAUUUGUGUGAAUCUUCUGCUAGAAUUUAAACUUUUAGUCUUUAAUCUUUAAUGCAUUUGUAACUGUAUCGAAUUUUCCAUUUUCUCAUAUAUUUUCCUUUUAUAAUUGACUCACUUGACGUAUUCAUUUCCGGCAACGUUUUAUUCAUACUGCAAAAUAUCAAUAAGUGGGGCCGUUGCUAUGCCGGUUCAACCAAAACCUGGAGUAAUCGAAGAAUAUAUAGAAACUCCACCACCAAAAAUUGUCAACUUUGGCUGUUCUAAUUUUAUUAGUAGCUUUCGUGCAAUACGAUCCCGUAAUUUCUUCGGGGAAUUCACAUUUUUUAAAUAUUUAGGUAAACGGUGCGUAAAUAAAGGGUGUUGUGAUGUCUAUCGAUGCAUUUUCGAGAACCAGACACCUGGUUGACUGGAUUUCGGUUUUUAAUAUUCUUACAAUUUUGCUUUUGUAUAUCAAAAGGUGAAAUUAUAGUUGUUUGAAGUAUUACCAAGUGGAUGUUGUUCUUUUGUAUUCUUUUUGAAGCCUCUUGAGUUUUAGAAGAUACUGUGACAUAACGUAAAUAAAUUUUCUUUGAUAAAUGCGCGAAAGUUAUCACGUGCUCAAGACACCCCUUCAUGCAGAAAUGCAAUUCUGAUUAAUUGCUCCCCGAUGUACACUUUACAAUUUAGGAUACAUCUUUUUCAAAAUAGUCAAUUCGAAAAAUGUCUGUUGCAUUGUAAAGUACCGACGCCAUUACCCAUUACGCCGGUUGUAUCUUUCUUGCCUUAUUUGUAUAUGAAGAAGUGGUUUAUAAUCAUUACUUAUAAUGCUAUUAGGUUUAGAGAGUGUAGUGCUCAAUUCAUGUUUGACUGUCCAACUUCUUCAAACGAUUGUCUACAACCACUUAUGAGAAAGAGUGACAGUAUUUACGUGGAAUCUCAAGUAUUUUCAGAAUAUUUUUUAUCCGGAUGCCUGAGAGUUGAGCGCAACCUAUGGAGUUCUACUGUGUGUUCUGAUACCAAAAGUGAUUCAGUAUUAAAAUACGUAAUACUAGGUUUUAAUAAAUGUACAUUAUUUGCUGUUAAUCGAACUGAAAAAUGAUCGUACAUUGGAUAAUAUGUGGAUGUCUUUUCUUUGUAGCGGAAUAAUGUUUGAAUCUUUUGCGGGGUAUUGAUUGACAGUUAUUGGUGUAAAAUAUAUAGUAAAUAAUAUACGGAAGGUGAUCAAAACGUUCCAGGAUUAAAGUUUACAAAUGUCAUUUAAAAAUCAAAAAUAAUUCAACAUUAUCACUUUAAAAAUAUGUACUACCCUUGGUGACAGACACACAUUCCCAAAGUUUUCAUUUCUGGAAGGACCAUAACAACUGUUCUUGUGCAAUGCUGUUUGGCUCUUCGAGCGAUUUUUUAUUAAUGCCUUGCCUUUGGAUAAACCCUGGCAAUUGUCACAGCGUUUGAGGGCAACAAAAAUUAUUUAUUUCAUCUUGUAAAAGGAAUUCGUGCAUGAUUUCGAAGAUCGAUGCUACAUACUGUUUUUUUUUGGUUCCAGAAAGGUUGUUGAUUUUCAUCGGGAUGAGUCGACCUUCGGUUCCACAUCGUAACCAUAAGCCCACGUUUUUUUCUUUCAACUAAAGAGCCCUCGUUUUCUUUGCCUUUUGACAUUUAACGAAGUUCUAUCAAAACUGAAGUCUGUGCUGUUUUUGCUCAUCGAAACAAACGUUGCAGCCGUAUGGUACAAGUACUGUUCAGGAGAAAAUUUAUUGCACAAAUGAAAUGUUACAUUCUUUGGCCAUCUCACGAAUGGUUAGACAACGAUUUCGCUAAAUAGUAUCGUCAUCCGUAGUGCGAUUUGUUGCUAUGCAAUUAAAAAAUCCUAGAACUUACUGAUUAGUCCCCGAAUGUAAACUACGAUUCCGCGAGACAUACAGAAAACUAUAUUUUACACUGUAUGGACCUAGUGAAAUAUUACACAUUUAGUUUUUAUAAUACUUCAGUAGUUUUUUGUAUUAUCUUGAUAUCUUGAUAGAAUCGUUGGCUAUGAAUCUCCGAAAGAAAAUGUUAAAUAUAAGUUUAUAAUCUAAAAAUAUUUGUUGAAUACGCUGAUUUUAAUAUGUUUAAUUACUUCUGAUUUUUUUCAUUAUCUCUUUAAAAUGCAAUUUUCAAUUCAAUUUUAUUGUUUGACUUAUGAGCAGUAAUUCACUUAAAAGACAUUUUCGAAUACUUGAUUUAAAUAAUUUAAAGCGGACAUAUCUUUUUUUAUUAUUCGCGUAUUUUCUGUUCAAAAGGAAUCUAUUUUUAAUAAUGUAACUUUAGUUUUUGAUAUUCUGAAAUAUAUUUAUAAGUUAAUUAU